CUCUAGUAAUAAUAUAUAACAGACUGGAGAGAGCUACAGUUAGUUGAAUCGUGGAUGUAAAAGAAAAACUAAUUAAGAAAGUUAUCAGGAAGUUUGUGUUCUGUACUACUCAGAAACUGAUCGAGAGUCGACGACCUUUCGUUUAUCAAUCAAUUUAUUGACAACACAACCAAUCAAGCAGAAGUAAUUCAACCUUGCGCAUUUGGAUGUACCAUCGAUCUCUACUAGUCCACAAUGGAUGACUCUGUCUGUGUAGUCACCCAUAGCCAAAGCAAAACCCUUACUGAGAUUAGUAUAUGUAGCUAGCAGUUGCCUUUCUGGUACUUCGAUUCCCAUCUGAAUAGACAGGAAACAGGUUUUUUAAGAUUUUUAUUUAAGAUCUCCUUUAUUUAAAAGGGGGAGUUCUUUUGAUUUUUAUUUAUUUAAAAGAGAUACCUCAUUAACCUAAUUAAGUUUGAUUCUCAUUAGGCUGGUCUUAAAGCAAGAGCAAAGCAGUUACACUAAAGUAACAGCAAUGGAAUCCACUACACUAGCAUCUCUAGCAACUGUUACUAUGCUAAUGGCGGCUACACAGACAGACAUGUCUGGUUAUCUCUGGCUGCUAAUCCUGGGCUUCAUCAUCGCUUUUAUCCUGGCCUUCUCUGUGGGUGCCAAUGACGUCGCCAACUCCUUUGGUACAGCAGUGGGCUCUGGGGUGGUGACCUUGCGUCAGGCCUGUGUCUUGGCCACUAUCUUUGAGACAGUGGGUGCCAUACUUUUGGGGGCCAAGGUCAGUGAGACCAUCCGGUCAGGCAUCAUCGAUGUUCACAUGUACAAUGGCUCAGAGGCUGUGCUGAUGGCUGGCUCCAUCAGUGCCAUGUUUGGAUCUGCUGCUUGGCAGCUCCUAGCUUCAUUUUUGAAACUUCCCAUCUCUGGAACACACUGCAUUGUAGGUGCCACAAUUGGCUUUUCCAUGGUUGCAAGAGGUCAUCAAGGAGUCAAAUGGCUGGAACUGCUCCGUAUUGUUGUCUCUUGGUUUCUGUCUCCUCUUCUGUCUGGCGGCAUGUCUGCCAUUCUCUUCUACUUUGUGCGCAAGUACAUUUUAAAUAAGGAUGAUCCAGUGCCCAAUGGUUUAAGAGCAUUGCCAGUUUUCUAUGCUGUUACCAUGGGAAUUAAUCUGUUCUCAAUCAUGUUUACUGGAGCACCAAUGUUGGGAUUCAACAGGGUACCAUGGUGGGGCACUCUACUGAUCUCACUUGGUUGUGCCCUGAUUACUGCUGGGGUGGUCUGGUUCAUUGUGUGUCCACAGUUAAAGAAGAAGAUGAAAAGUCAGAGUAUGUCUAACUCAAAUGGGACACCAAUGAUUGAGAAGAAGCCACCCUCAAAUGGCCCAGUAGACCAUCCCAGCUCAAGCCAAAUCUACUCUCCUGUUCCACUGACACCCCCUGCUGACAGCAACAAGGUGGCAUUUGAUAUUGGCGGCUCGGCUGAAACUGAUCUGGACAACAAAGAUUUUGACGCCAAAAACCUGGAUUGCACCAAUGCUUUGAAUGGCAAUGCUGGAAUCCCUGUCUCAGAUAUGUGUCUGAGCCAAUUCCACACUGUAAACAAAGAUUCUGGAAUCUACAAGGAUCUGCUGCACAAACUUCACUUGGCCAAGGUUGGUGAAUGUAUGGGAGAGACCGGAGACAAACCCAUCCGUCGUAACAACAGCUAUACGUCUUACACCAUGGCCAUCUACGGAAUACAUGGGUCCCUGAAGGAGGGCGAGGGAAGCCGGACGGGACUGGAUGGAGAGAAAAGGCGUUCACGGUACGACAGCUAUAACAGUUACUGUUCCGCAGUGGCCGAUGGAGAAGUUGGUGCAGGUGAUGGAGCUCUGGCAGUGGAGAUUGGGGAUGAGACUGUUAGAAGAGACUCGCUGGAGGAGGAGGAGGAUGAGCUUGAGAUAGACAAGCCGGAGGUGUCCACGCUCUUCCAGUUCCUGCAGAUCCUCACCGCCUGCUUUGGGUCGUUUGCUCAUGGGGGGAAUGAUGUCAGUAAUGCGAUUGGCCCUCUAGUUGCCCUCUGGCUCAUUUAUGAAAGUGCUUCUGUAGCACCCAAAGCACCUACACCAAUUUGGUUGCUCCUGUAUGGUGGAGUGGGUAUCUGUACUGGGCUCUGGAUUUGGGGUCGCAGGGUCAUACAAACCAUGGGCAAAGACCUGACUCCCAUCACACCCUCCAGUGGAUUUAGCAUUGAGCUGGCCUCUGCUGUAACUGUGGUUGUUGCUUCCAAUGUCGGACUCCCCGUCAGCACAACUCAUUGCAAGGUUGGAUCAGUGGUGUCAGUUGGCUGGCUCCGCUCCAGGAAGGCCGUUGACUGGCAUCUGUUCCGGAAUAUCUUUAUUGCUUGGUUUGUGACCGUGCCAAUUUCUGGUCUCAUAAGUGCUGCUAUCAUGGCACUCUUCUAUUAUGUUAUACUGCCUCUGACCUAAAUGUUUAUGUUAAACCUUUCUUUCUCUGUAAAUACUUUUACUUUUCUGCAAAAUUGGGCCUCAAGGUGGAACUUUAAUUUCUUUUGAAUGCCCCUUUAUCUUAUCCUAUCAUAUGUACUCUACAAAUGAAAGACCAGACUGUGUUUGUACCACAUUCUGUUACUUUGUAAUCUUUGUACAUUGUUUAGGUGCUUCAUAGUGUUGAUGUCAAAUCUGUGAGACAUGUAAAAUUAGAAUGUUUAUUUAGUUUUAAUUUGGAGCCUCACAUAAUUUUAGUUUUAGGUUUUCAGUUUCAACUUUUGGCAUUUUGAAUACAAAAAUGAUUUGUACCAUUUAUAUUCAGAGCCAUAAGGCAAUGUUUUAUAUAUAUAUAU